CACCGUCAUCCUGUCAAUCAUUCGCUCCGAUCUAUUCGACUCCCUCGAUCCGCCACCCACCUCACAAUGUUGCUCUCAAACAUCGCAGCAAUAGUCGCUUUUGCUGGUUCAGUUACCGCAUCUCCAUCGCGUCUUGGAAGACGCAACGAAGAGCCGGAACCAGCAGAGAAGAUCGUCACAGUCCAUGUCACAGCUCCGCCAGAGACGGUCCACGUCACGGUUCCCCCAGAGACUGUUCACGUCACGGCUCCCAUAGAGACAGUCCACGUUACGGUUCCACCAGAGACAGUCCAUGUGACGGCUCCGCCAGAGACAGUCCACGUCACAGUGGUCGAAACCAAGCACGUCACUGUUACCUCCGUCGUCGAAAAACCCGUCGAACACCUAGUCACCCUCAUCCACACAUCAGUGGUCGAAAAGCCCGUCGAACACCAAGUUACUGUCAUCGAGACUUCGGUGGUCCAUCAACAAGUCGAGGUCAAGGUCCCCGUCACUGUCGUCGAAACUUCUGUGGUCCAUAAAGAAGUCGAGGUGAAAAUUCCGGUUACUGUCGUUGAAACCUCAGUGGUCGAAAAGCCCCUCGAGAAGCUCGUCACUGUCAUUCACACUUCGGUGGUUGAAAAGCCUGUCGAGCAACUGGUCACUGUCAUUCACACUUCAGUGGUUGAAAAGCCCGUCGAGAAGCCAAUCACCGUCAUUGAAACUUCUGUGGUACACAAAGAAGUCGAGGUGAAAAUCCCCGUCACCGUCGUUCAAACUUCAGUCGUCGAAAAACCAGUCGAAAAGCUAGUCACCGUCGUCAAGACUGUGGUAGUUGAGAAGGCUGUGGAAAAGCCCACCACCCUUAUCGAGACCUCGGUCGUGCACAAAACAGUCGAGGUCAAGAUACCCGUCACUGUCGUUGCAACCUCCGUCGUUGAGAAGCCAGUCGAAAAGAUAGUGACCGUCAUCCACACCUCGGUCCUGGAGAAGCCGGUUGAGAAGGUUGUGGAGAAACCUGUCACCGUCAUUCACACUUCGGUCGUUGAGAAGCCGGUUGAGAAGAUUGUAACGGUGAUCCACACCUCGGUGCUUGAGAAGCCAGUCGAAAAGAUUGUCGAGCAUCCAGUCACUGUCAUCCACACCUCCGUGGUUGAGAAGCCAGUUGAAAAGAUUGUGACGGUGAUUCAUACUUCUGUCGUUGAGAAGCCAGUUGAAAAAGUCGUGGAGCAUCCAGUCACUGUUAUUCACACUUCACUUGUUGAGAAGCCGGUCGAGAAGAUUGUGGAGCACCCAGUUACUGUUAUCCACACUUCAGUGGUUGAGAAGCCCGUCGAGAAGAUUGUGGAGCAUCCUGUCACCGUCAUCCACACCUCCGUGGUCGAGAAACCUGUUGAAAAGAUCGUGGAACACCCCGUCACUGUCAUUCACACUUCUGUGGUCGAGAAACCGGUUGAAAAGGUCGUCACAGUAAUUCACACCGUUCCUGGUGAAGCUGUUCAAGAAACCGUCCAUGUUACCGCCAUCCACACGGUGACUGUGACCGCCGAAGCGGGAAACAUGGCUCACGAGGUGGCUACGGACACAGCCGCAGAGACGCCACAUGUGACAGAGACACCAACUUUGAGCGAGCCACUGCAUUCAAUGAAUGCGACGACUUCGGAGGCUGCAGAGGAGACCAAGGCAGCCGAGCAUGAGAAGAUGUUGGAAGAUAAAAAGAUGAAACAUGAGAAAAUGCUAGAAGAGAAAAAGAUGAGACAUCAGAAGAUGGUGGAAGAGAAGAAGAUGAAGCAUGAGAAGAUGGUGGAAGAGAAGAAGAUGAAGCAUGAGAAGAUGGUAGAAGAGAAGAAGAUGAAUCAUGAGAAGGCAAGAUCCCUCCCACGACGGGCGAUCUAUCGCAAAUGGUAGAGAGGCUGAACAUCACGCAACCGGGACGAGAUCUUGUAGACUGGCUUCUGCACUAGUCUUCUUGGCCAUCUUGAGAAGGAUCUACUGGGCACUGAAAUGGUGAGCGAAGAGUGAAGCCGCAGGCCGCUUCAAACUCUGCAGUUAAUGAUACCUGGAUAUUAAAUGGAUAAUAGAAUGUCGAUUGACGGCCGGAUUCAAGGAAAGGAAAGGAAGGGAACAACCUAUAGUUUAUCUUAUUCACCCUUUGUUAGCUGUGAGCUUUCUUUCGCUUCAAUGAUAUGAAGAUAUGAA